AUGGCCCUGCGGGAGGCCGCUCGUGUGGGUGGAGAGGAAGCCUCUUACUUCGAACACUUCACUGAAGCCAAGCAGAAGCUCUCGAAUCUUCGGGCGAAGCGUCUUCAACAGCAGUCCUUAGACGUGAUCCGCGGUGAUGGCAAGGACUUGGAGUCUGUGAUGGCCGUGAUCAGCGUGGCCUUACGGCGCUCGGAUUGGGACCGAGAGUGGGACCAAAUUUGGCUGGAGGUCCUACAAGAAGGUCGCGCUCAAGUGAAGAAGAUGGUGGACGAUGCGAAAUCCAAAGGUGAUCACCCGAAGGUGGCGAAGAUCUACCGUUUGGCCGAGAAGCACGGCCUCCGAGUCAUUGCUGCGCAUACGGUGGCCGUGUGGGAGGACCUGAUCCAAUCGUCGCGACAAGAUGCCAAGACCUUGGCCAAGCUGUGUAGUGCGGCCUAUGACGAGGGCGCAGCCUGCAAGCAGUUCUUGGCUGAUGCAGAGGAAGCCGUCCUGGCCUUGGCCAAAGAGUUGGAGGAGCAGUGGGACAAAUCCAAAGCCCAAAGCUGCAGUGAAUCUUUCGCUGAGCUGGUCCAGGAACUGAGUGCUGAUGCGAACUUGUCCAGGCUUUUCGAGGAGGUCCAGUCGGCCGGCUACCGUGCCUCGGAACGCGAACGCGGCCUCCGAGAGAAGGCGGAGGCAGUCUUGCAGCAAAAGGCUGGCUUGAUGUCCCAUGAGGACUCGGAGCUCUCCAUGGAACACCUGCAGGAGGUCUUAGAGGCGCUCAAGGACUCUCAAGAUUGGCAAUGGCAGAAGAACAUCCACCACGCCACGGAACUCCUGCAGAAGCAGGUCAAGGCUUGCUUCAAGAACCGUGGAAUGAUGGAUGCCCAGCCCAUGCUUUUGGACCUCAUGGAGGCUGCCAAGACUCAUCAGGUGACGGAUCAAUUGACCCCGCUCUUGGAGAAGGCCUUGCGAGGUCAUCUCGAAAAAGGUGGUUCACGGACCAAGCCGCAGAAGGAGACGGACGCCGUCAAGCUCCUGCAGAUCUCGCUGUGCGCGGAGAAGCUCCAGCUGUCCGACGUCCGUGUGAAGGCCAUCGAGGAGAUGAAGCGUUCAGUGGAAGCGAUGAAAAACAAAGGUGCCGAUGGCUUGACCGAACUACGUACCUUUCAGGACGAAGCUCAACGCUUGGAUGCUUUGGCUGCCGUGGAGUUGGCCACAGAAAGCUUGGCGCAGGUGGAAGAACGCCCUGGUGCGGCGCGGCGCGGGCUUUCCGCGCCCGCGGGCGCGCCCGUGGGCUCGGGUCCAGCUGUGGAGCGUUUGGGGCGGCGGAAGAGUUCCAAGAUGUCGGAGCUCUUCCGGAUAGUGCCCACCCUGGCGCUGAUCGGCGCUCUGGUGAUAGCAGUGGCCGCCCUGCUGGGCAAGACAGUGGAGACGUAG